AUGAUGUCCCGAUUUUGGGGUCGUAGCCGCGACAACAUAUCGCCAUACGCUUCGCAGACCGAUACUCAGGGCGUGCCUCAUGUCACCGAAGAUGACUUUAGCUAUAUAACGUCCGAAGAUCUUGAAAAUACCUUACCAUCUUCUUCCCGGGCUUAUGAGCCUCAAAGUCGACGAGCUCCGCCUCCUGCUAACCUCGACGAUGACGUUCUCCUAAUCAAAAACAAGGGUGUUACGUAUCCUGUACAUUUCCCUGCAUAUUCUAUCGGCGAUGGUAAAUUACUUGUGAGAGAUGUACGGGUUCGCGUGGGAUUAGUCAUGGAUCUUAGCGACCGUCGGACUCAUCGUAUGAAGAUGCUCUACAAAGGCCGUCAGCUUACAGAGCAGGACGUCCCCAUUCGCGACUACGGUGUGAAGAACAAUAGCGAGUUGCUAGUUGUAGUACCUGAAGGGAAACUAAGCGAUGAGGAUGACGAGAGCAGCAGCGAAGAAGUCAUCGUCACAGAGGAUCAACAAAAGCCGAAGAAGGCCAAGAAGAACAAGGGCCGAAAGAAGAAGAGGGAUCGCAUCGAUCCCCCGCGAAAGGUAUCGUCUCCCGCAGUGCCUUCAGGGCCUAAAGACAAGCUAGAUGCGAUCAGAUCCCAUUUCGACGCACAACUCAUGCCAGGUUGUCAGCAGUUUUUAGAUAACCCGCCGAAAGAUGGAAAGAAACUACAUGAUGAGCAUCGGAGGAUAAGCGAAACGAUCAUGCAGCAUGUGCUGCUGAAAUUAGAUGAGGUAGAUACGGGAGGUGAUCCGGAUGUCAGAGCGAUGAGGAGGGAGCUCGUGAAGUAUGUCCAGGAUGUCUUGAAAGACAUCGACGAGCGUCUACCUCUUUCCAGUAGACCUAAGGAUAGGUGA